AUGGAAGUAAAACAAGAAAUUAGCGAGGAAACAUCUAACGUAAAAAUAGAGUAUAAUGAAUUGGAUGAUAUUCUUUUGGAUGGCUUUAAAUGUGAAAUUCAGGAAGAAUCCAAUAGACAAAGUACACAUGACACAUAUGAAAAUUUAGACAAGAAAUGUUCCAUAUGUACUGAAAUAGAACAACAUGAAAUUAACCCAUUUGAAGAAAACCAAAAAACUGAAAAAGGUUAG